CGUUAGAGGUAGAGGCAGCACCAGCAGCUUCCGCAGCAGCCCCGGGUGGUCUCGGGGCCUGACGGCCUAACGGACUGAGGGACUGAAGGCACCCGGGGUGCUCCCGCCUGCUGGGGCUGGCCAUGGAAGGAGCUUCGUUCGGUGCGGGCCGUGCGGGUACUGCCCUGGAUCCCGUGAGCUUCGCGAAGCGGCCCCAGACUCUGCUGAGGGUCGUGUCCUGGGUGUUCUCCAUCGCAGUCUUCGGGCCCAUUGUCAACGAGGGUUACGUGAAUUCCGAGAGUGGUCCGGAGCUGCGCUGCGUCUUUAACGGGAACGCAGGUGCCUGUCGUUUUGGCGUCACUCUCGGCCUCGGGGCUUUCCUCGCCUGCGCCGCCUUCCUCCUGCUGGACAUGCGCUUCCAGCAGAUCAGCAGCGUCCGUGACCGCCGUCGCGCGGUGCUGCUGGACCUGGGCUUCUCAGCACUCUGGUCCUUCUUGUGGUUUGUGGGCUUCUGCUUCCUUACCAACCAGUGGCAGCGCACAGCGCCCGGGCCAGGCACCACGCAGGCUGGAGACGCAGCGCGGGCCGCCAUCACCUUCAGCUUCUUCUCCAUCCUCAGUUGGGUGGCACUCACCGUGAAGGCCCUGCAGCGGUUCCGCCUAGGCACCGACAUGUCACUCUUUGCCACCGAACAGCUGGGCACUGGGGCGGGCCAGGCCUACCCCGGCUACCCAGUGGGCAGUGGUGUGGAGGGUACCGAGACCUACCAGAGCCCGCCCUUCACCGAGACCCUGGAUACCAGCGCCAAAGGAUACCAGGUGCCCGCCUACUAGUGGCUGGCGGGCUCAAACCAGAGCUGGAUGGCUGCCCCACCAAUGCAGGGCCCAAGGCCUCCUGUGACCUCCCUCAGGUCCUGGUCCAGCUCCAGGGAUGGAGGUGUAGCCACUGUGGGACGUCUUGGACCAAGAGAGGAUAGCCUCCAGGAUGCCAGGGCUGUACCCCCCAAAUCCCCCAUACCUUUAAUCUCCAGCCCCAGGCCUGAGAUCUUGAGGAGGGGACAGUACAGCCCUGGACAUGUGUGCUCCAGCCUCCAGUGGAUCAGCCUGGGCAGGGGGCCAUUCCCCUCAUGGGGCAGCCAGCCUAGGGCUCACCUGUCCACUCUGGAGGCAGGGAUCCAGCUGUCCUCCAUAGCCAGGUGCAGGGCUUGCCCCAGGCCGGGGGCAGUGAUACUGCCUCCACCCCCAUGCCAUGACCCAGGGAGCAUGGCCAAUGGCCACUGUUCCCCAUCCCAUGUCACCAUGGGUAGUGACAGUUUCUUGUUCUUGUCACGGUGGUUCACCCCGUGGGGCCAUUUGCGCUCUCUGGAGCCUCCUUCCAUUUCCUCUCACCUGCUCAUAGAGUAGCCUGGCCUUGAUGUUGUGAUUGUGGUCUUCAAGUUUCACCUGGUAGUUUCCAUGCCAUGCCCCAGGCCUCUGACUGAGUGAGUGGCUCUGGCCAGGAAGGCACAGCAUGGCUAUAGGCCUGGGCACCAGCCUUCUCUCAGCCCUUUAGUAAGACCUUACCCAAGGGAGGCUUGGGACACCUGCGUGCCUGGCAAGACAAGCCCCUGGAGAGGAGAGAAGCUACAUCUGCCCAGGGUGCCCUGGAGACACUGUUCUGUGCAAACCUCUUUACUUUGGCUUCCUGGACCAGUCCUGCAACUCCCCACCCUGCACCCCAUUUUAAGGCCCAGUUGAAGGUUGAGGUCAUUCUGUAUAGCUGACUACUCAUGCAUUGCUCAAAGCUGGCUUUUCACAUUAUACCAGAUGCGGUUGCCACAUUUCAUUCUUACAGACAGACACCUCCCUCUGGAGUUGCAGUUGAGUGACAACCCUGUUCAUUGUAGCAUAGAUCAAUUAUGUGUGGAUAUUUAAGUGAACAUGUUUACAACUUUUGUAUAUAUGGAUCUCUCCUCCUGUCCUCUGAAAGAACAAUCUGUGAUUGUGUAUUUUCAGUGCCCCAUGUUCCAACUGCAAGUUCUUUACAAUAAAGACUGUAGCCCUGGCUGGUAUAGCUCAGUGGAUUGAGUGCUGGCCUGCAAACCAAAGGGUCGCUGGUUUGACGCCCAGUCAGGGCACAUGCCUGGGUUGUGGGCCCCAUAGGGGACAUGCAAGAGGCAACCACACCUUGAUGUUUCUCUCCCUCUCUUUUUCUGUC